CUUGUGCUAAUGCAGAGAGGAAAAGGGAGGGGAGAAUCGCUACAGCCCCAGCAGCCUUUUCAAACACAAAUACACCGCACAUUUUACACGUUUCCCCAGCAGAAACCCGGACCCCGAGAGUCGGAUAUCGUCUACGAUCGGCAUCCCGCUCCCAACGCGUCCCGAGGCGGCGGCAGGGCGGCUGGACAAACCCAACAAACCCCGGACCGGAGAAAAGCGGCCUGUUUUGUUCCUGAUCUCCCGGAGCCGAGGCUCAAGCUCGCUGGCGACCGGUGGAGCAGCUUCUAUCGCCUCCUUUCAUGCUUUUUUGGACGUUUCUUCUUUCCUUUUUGCCUCGCCGUGCCCGUGUACUUCAAGUUAUGUCGCUGACGUGAGCUACUAAGCUAACGAACUGAAGCUAACGUUGUUUUCGGCGGCUCGCGAGAAAGUCGUCCGAAAAGCGGGCCUGUUUUGUUUUUGCAGCGCCAUGAAAAGCAGAGGGGCACAAUAACACACACACACACACACACAGACAUAUAUCCGUACACACACACUGGUUCCUCGGCUCUCCGCCUGCGCCGGGCGCUAACGUUAACGCUAACGGCGGCUCGCUCGCCGCGAGGAAGGCAGGUGAUGUGAAAAAGCGGCGCCGCGGCCGCGAAACGACGACUGGAGUCGACGACGGGGAGCUAACGCGACCCCAGCAGGUGGAAAGAAAUCUGGAAGGUUUGAAUCCAGCAGCUCCGGGCUGCUCUUUGGAGGCCAGCUAGCGUUUAGCGUUAGCAUUACGGCUCCUCCGCGGCGAAGAGCGCCGCCACUGUUAUUGUUGUUGAAUUUGAAAACGAAAAAAGGCGAAAGAAGCUGAUAUCCCCCCUCCUCCUCCUCCUUCACCUCCUCCUCAUCCCCCCUGAAGAAACAGGCCCUCUUCUUCCCAGCAAGGGUCGUUUUUUUCGGAUUCAGCACGAGCUCAUGAUGAUCAUUCGGGCUCGUUUUCUGUCACGGAUGAGAGGAAAAGCCGUCAGAAGUAAUGGGGUGGUGGUGGUUGUGCUGAACGCGAUGUGCGCCGCUGUGCUUCUGUGGAAAGACAUUUCCAGCGUACGUGUGCGCUGAUCAGCUCCCCGUGCUAACCGGGCUACAACGCUCAGCCGUGGAUUAUAAUAUACACCUAUAUAGCUUAUAUAUGUACGAGUUGGGCUCCGGUCACCGCGUGGAACGUCUGCGGAGACGUCGGACUUGCAGCCCGUGAACAUUAUCACGGAGGACGGCGUUGGUCAGCGAGGUCCGCCUUCCUUCCUAGCCAAGGCAUUAAUCUGACUGGGCCACAUUGUGGAGAACGUUGGCCGGCGGGACCUGCUGCGUGAUCCUUUCCUCCCCCCCUUUCUCUCUCUCUCUCACUCUCUCUUUCUCUCUCCCUAUCUCUCUCUCUCUGUUUAUUUUCUCCCCGAGCUGCAUCUGUCGAGCCCUGAGACUUGCUGAGGAUGAACCCGGUGAAUGCGACCGCUCUCUACGUGUCCGCUUGCCGUUCGGUGCUGCAGUGCGAUCCCCGGGACCCCCAGGCUUUAGCCGAGCUCUAUAAGCUACUACCGUUCUUCAGACAGUCCCUCGCCUGCCUAGUGUGCGGGAAGUUGCUCCAAGAUCCGAUCGCCCCGACCAACUCAUCGUGCCAGCACUAUGUCUGCAAAACGUGUAAAGGCAAAAAGAUGAUGAUGAAGCCGUCUUGCAGCUGGUGUAAGGACUAUGACCAGUUUGAGGAGAAUAAGCAGCUAUGUAUUUUGGUAGAUUGCUACAGGAAGCUCUGCGAGUACAUCGCAGAGUCUCCCCUUGCCUCCCACAUUUCAAGUGCUGUGGGGGGAUCCCCGGACAUACUGGCUCUGUUGAACGAGGGCCUUUCGUUGGACAAUAACAAACAGGGGGAGGACUCUCUUUCACUGAGCUUGACGCAACAGUCUCCUCCUCCCUCAACCUCGGAGACGCCUCCUGAGGAGGAUCCGUCGCCCCAUUCGUCCGAGGUGAAAGAGCAGACCCUGAGUCCGUUAGGGGUGAACGGCCUUCAGGACUGUAACGGGUUAAGUAACGUGGACGAGUUAACAUCCAGCUUGCCCUCACCUCACAGUAAUGUCCCGGUGACAGUGGAAGUGGAGGGUGAGGUGGUGAAACAAGAGAACUUUAGUAAUGAAAUUCCUGUAAGUGAGGCUGUGGCAGCGGCCGGUGAGGAGCUUUGUGCCAGCAGCAUGGACAUAUGCGGUUUCGGAGAGGACAUAAAGCACGAUGGGGGUACUCUCUUGUUGAGCGUUGAGGAGGUGCUCAGGACUCUGGAGCCAGACCACGUUCCUCAGGAUGAGUGCCCUGCUAUCCUACAGUCAAGCCUCGAGGCUUCAGGGAACAUAAACGGACCGUUUGGCUGUUCCACCACCUCUGCUGAUUCUUCUCGGCAGCUUUCCUCCCUUCCCCUUGACUCUGCAGGGGUCUUGGCGCCCCAGCAUCCGGCCACACAGCAGAACCCUCAGCCCUCCUCUGGAAUAUCCUGUUCUGCUGUUACUCCCAGAGUGCCACGGUCUAGCCGUAAACGCUCCCGCUCUGAGAGCGACAGCGAAAAGAUUCUGCCCCUGCCCAUCUCUACCAUUAUCAGGGGGCCCGCUCUUGGUGCCUCUGUGACUGUUCCUGUCAAGUGUGAACCUAAAGCUCCAGCACAGGCUGCACCCCACAUGGCGGCUGUCCCCAACGGUGGGGGGUUGUCGAAAGUGGGGAAGGCCUUGUUGGUGCCCAGUAAAAGUGUCAAAAAGCCUCUUGACCAGCAUGGACCCAAAAAGGCGUACACAAAGGCAAAACAGACCACUCCCAAGUCGAAAGAUAAGACGAAAGAACGGAUUGCGACCAAUCCCCUUGUUCCGGGGAGCCCGACAAAAGUGGUGUACAAGAAGCCGCAGGAGAAGAAGGGCUGCAAGUGCGGCAGAGCCACCCAAAACCCAAGUGUUCUUACGUGUCGGGGCCAGCGAUGCCCGUGUUACUCCAACCGCAAAGCCUGUCUGGACUGCAUAUGCCGAGGCUGCCAGAACUCCUACAUGGCCAACGGUGAGAAGAAACUGGAGGCGUUCGCCGUGCCGGAGAAAGCCCUAGAGCAGACCAGGCUCACCCUGGGUAUCAAUGUCACCAGCAUAGCAGUGAGAAACGCGGCCGGCAGCGGGGCUGGGGGGGUGCUGAAUGUCACCUCUGCCGCAGGCCCACCUGUAGCCACGUUUUUAGCUGCUGGACAUCAUGAAGACAAGGGUUUUGAUGAGACUUUGGAUAUGAGGUUUGACUGUUGAGCCCCGCACAAUGCUCUUACCAUCGCACCCCCUUAUUCCAGCCUGGCUCACUCUUGGCAAGGUGCCACCGAGACCUGGAGGGGAGCCAGCGGAGUCAACAAAAUAAGGCAGCUACUGUGAUUCUGUUCCAGUUCAUGUUAUCAAUUGAAUUAGUCGUUGCUGAAGCUUGUGCCUAUAAAUCACUUGUAACUUGCUUUUUUUUGUUGUCUUACACACUAUUGUGAAUUAGAAAAGAGUCAUGUUACUGUAAGUUGAAAAUUCUUUUGGCAGAAUUUUUUUUUUUUUUUAAUUAUUAUUGUUUCACUACAAGUGAUCUAUACGCCAUGAUCUUUGGCAAGAAAUGCUUGACCUCGUUGUUGUGGGUCAUGUUAUGUGCAUAUGUGGAUGACUUUUGAGUUAGUAGGCUAGAAGACGAGACCUGUUCAAAGAAAUGGUACCUGCUAUGUCAGUAGAGACUGGUUGUAUUUAUAAACAUUUUUGUACACAGACCUAUGGAAUUCAAUUUAAAAGUACAUUUUAUGAUAUAUUUUUUAAGUUACAUUAACAACAUUUGCAGUAUUUAUUGGGCAUCACUUAACAUAGAUUGCAGUCCAUCUAGGGCUUCAUCAGGAUACCAUUUCUACAGAUGCAAGUCACUGAGAUGCAGUAUGUUCGGUUUCUGUCUAAAUUAUGUUGCAGUCCUGUUUGUGCUAGUUUAUGCUGUCUAAAACUUUUUUUCCCUUGGGGCAUUUAAAUACCUGUAAUAUAAAUGUAACAUAUUUCCACAUAAAAAGAAAAAAUCUAAACCUGACUCCUGUCUUUUAU